AUGCCUGGGAAACGAUCAAAUAGGGCCAUCGCCCGAGACGAAGGUCUCGAGCGAACUGACAACAACCUCGACCUUACGACAUGGCCUCAGGUCAAUAUGAUCAAUCAGAAGAACUACUACACCGAAUACCUCAAGCGCGACGACCAAUACUACGCAUAUCGUAUCCAACAUGAGGAAGACACGAAUCGCAUGGUACGCGAGGCAAGAGACCGCGACCGAGCCCUUGCGCACUCCAAUCUUAACAAUGGCACACCCGCAGAGCCUGGUCUCGUGGACGAGGACGAUGUAGGCGCUGCCGCGUCCUUGCAAGAUGCACGCGACUUCUCUAAAAUUAUCGUCAUCCACCCGGGUAGUCAGAACCUCCGCAUUGGCUUCGCAAGUGAUGCGCUUCCCAAGACUAUACCUAUGGUCAUUGCGCGGAAAGCAAGGGAGAACGAGUCAGAAGAGGGCGGAGGCGAGCCGAAGCCGAAGAGGAUUAAGUUGGACAACAAGGUGCUGGCUGAGUCCGAGAAGUGGUUCGGCGACGAUUGGGCGCGCGAGUAUGCCGCAAUGUCCGUGGAGCUCAAGCAGACAAUGCGAAAUCACAGGAUCCGAUUGAUGCCAAAUUCGAAGGAGAUGGUAGUCCACUACAACAAGAAGAAGGUCCACGAGACAAUUACCGAGCACAACGAUCCACACCGCAUAGAGUGGACCGAACUGCCACCAGAUCCCAGAAAAGCUCCAGACUACUUUAUUGGACAAGAGGCUCUACGGAUACCAGAGAAGUCAAACCCAAGAUACAAGCUAUUUUGGCCUUUGCGACAUGGCUGGCUCAACGAGAAGGAUUACGCAAGCAAGAACCUCUUGUUGCAGGACUUUGCCGUUAUACUCGAGCAAGCGAUCAAGCAACAGCUCGGCCUAACACGGCGGAGAGACUGGGCUCAGUAUAGCUGUGUAUUUGUGAUACCUGACCUGUAUGAUCGGAAUUACGUCACCUCAGUACUCGAGAUCCUGAUGCGCGACCUUGGCUUCGGUCGAUGCUGCUUUCAGCAGGAGAGCUUAGCCGCAACCUUUGGCGCAGGAUACUCUUCCUCGUGCAUCGUCGAUGUAGGGGCGCAGAAAACCUCGAUCUGCUGCGUCGAGGAAGGUAUGUGCGCAGACAACUCGCGUAUCAACCUGAAGUUUGGCGGAACGGAUGUCACUGAAACCUUCAUCAAAAUGCUGCUCUUUGACCAUUUCCCUUAUGCAGACAUGAAUCUCAAGCGCAGGUACGACUUUCUGCUGGCCGAGGAGCUGAAGCAGAAGUUCUGCACGGUGCAAGAGAUGGAUAUAACCGUGCAGCUGUACGAGUUUCACUUGAGAGCUGCGGGGCAAGACACAAGAAGAUACACGUUCAAGACAUACGAUGAGACAAUGCUUGCGCCCAUGGGUCUCUUCCAACCGACGAUCUUUGACAACUCAGAAAAGCUGGCUGGACGGCGUAAGCUGUUCGGUCGCUCUUACGACAUCUACGACGGUUCGCCAAACGACCCUCGCUCCGCCGCUCAAGACGCUGUGCUUCAAUGGGCAUCUGGCCAAGACCCAUCCGUGAGCAACGGCACAACAUCAGAAACGCCAAUCGCAUCACUUGUCCUUUCAACCCCGAGCAGACAACUACCCUUCCAGAACCUCAGCCACCUCACCGAGGGCGAAGGAACGCCACGGUCUUCCGAAGCAGGUUCGCCCGGCCCAGAGGACACGCCUCAACCCGGCCGAGACUCCCCUGCCAUCGGUGGCGAAGACCGUCCGACUAUCAGCUUCCACGACCCAGUCGUAGAGAAGAUCAAGGAGGCCGAAGCUCGCGAUACCAUCCUCCCCAUCAUGCCGCUCGACACUGCGAUCCUCACCUCCAUCACCCAAGCAGCUCGGGGCGACGACCGCAAGAUGCGCGAAUUCCUCGGCGGCAUCAUGGUCAUUGGCGGCGGCUCCAAGAUAUUGGGGUUUAACAACUUUUUGGAGGAGAGGCUGAGGGAUAUGACGCCGGCGCUAUCGAAGGAGAUUUUUAUCGGUUCGCCUCCGCGGGAGUUGGAUCCGCAGGUCGUGGUGUGGAAGGGGGCAAGUGUGUUUGGGAAGUUGAGUGGGAGUGGGAACGAUAGUUGGAUUGGGAGGGAGGAGUGGGACUUCUUUGGGAGUAGGGUGCUCAUGCAGAGGUGUCAGUUUCUGUGGUAG